UAUAGCCUGUUUAGCCUAUCACAGUGUCGGUACAGAAUACAUGAAAAUGCAUCUUGAGUGUAACCAUGUAAUCUAAAACCAUUUCUACGUGAAUAGCUUGGUCAAGAUUCUGAUUUCAAUUAGUUUCAUGUUCUGAAUACAAAUACAAGCAAACAAUGGGUUGCAGUUAACUGCUUUUGGAUGUCGAAUUGACAAACGUGUGUAACUAUAAUAUAAUUAAUUCACACUGUUAAAGUGGGUUAUGAGUGCCAUUUAAGUUUUUAUUUCAGGACCAGUACCCUUGAACAGCAUUGCAGUUUCUUUUCUCACAUGGACUGGUAACUAGCCAUGUGCGACUCUGUAUACGCUCUCUAUGAUUGGUUGGGGAGCACUGUGAUACGCUCCUCGUGCGUUUUCUCGGAUUGGUGGAUAAGCGAGGUGACGUUAAUAUUGCAUAAUUCUAACCUGCCUGCUGGUGUGGUGCAUGGUGUGGACACGUGAAACUACACGCAGUUAUAGGGCUGCUAGCAGCGCUGCAAACUGACCCAGUUUUUCUGCUACUAAGUUCCUGCAGAAAACCCUAGCCCUUUUCCACUUGGGGGCGAGUUAAAAAAAAAAGGAACGUCAUUGGUUGGUCAAGUAAUAAAUUUACUGACAAUUAGGCCAAGAGUUUUACUACUGAAUCUAUUUAGUAUGUAGUCACCCUAAUUUGGUCUGGUUCAUUAUGUCUGCUUUAUAUUGCCAUACAAUGGCUAAUGAGAUUUCAGAAUUUGCCACAGCUUCGGUAAUGCAAGUCAGCAUGUAAUUUCCAUACUGCAAACUCCAUAUGAUUAGUUUUUUAGACCACAUACACUAUUUGGGAGGCAUGAAUCGCUUAUUUCUUGAAACAGUGUUGGUUCUGCCACUUGACUCAAUGACAAUUUGAUGAUAUACCCUCACAAACUGUACCUGAUGUUGAAUUGUAGCGUUGCACAGUUUUUGUUAAUACACCCUUCUGAAACUACCAUUAUAUAACAGGGGUGUUAUAUAACCAGACUAGAGAGAGUGAAACCAGGUCAGACCAAGCUGAAACAAGGGGAUGAAGAAAACAAACAAACAGAGCUGUCUGGCUGGGUGUGUGCUUAACAUGUCCUCUUGGCUGAGAGACACUCCCAAGACUAACCUUUUUUGCAAUGAUUCAAUCAGGAGGUGAUUUGGUUAUCAUGGGGGUGUAAUAGCCUACAUCAGCUCCUCCAGUCCGGAGUCAUUUAACAGCGACUCAAACGACUGCAGCUACAACUCCCCCCUGGCACAAAACACCUCCCUGAGCAUUCGCAAGGGCAACCAGAAAGACACGCCCCUUCCCACGGCAGGCCACACUCAGCUGCAGGCUGACACUAUGGCGAAGAGCGGACGCUUGGACUCCACUGCAAAAUGCAACAUUACCAAGAUCAAUGGCCUGGUGAUGCUGUGUAAGGUGUGUGGAGAUAUCGCAUCAGGAUUCCACUAUGGCGUCCAUGCCUGUGAAGGCUGCAAGGGUUUCUUUCGUCGAAGCAUCCAGCAGAACAUCCAGUAUAAAAAGUGCCUGAAAAGUGAGAGCUGUGCCAUCAUGAGGAUCAACAGAAACCGCUGCCAGCAGUGUCGCUUCAAGAAGUGUCUGCUGGUCGGCAUGUCCAAGGAUUCUGUGCGCUUCGGACGCAUCCCAAAGCGUGAGAAGCAGCGCAUGCUGUUAGAGAUGCAAAGUGCCAUGAACAACAUGAUGAAUAACAACAGCCAGAUCCACAGCAACACACCACUCCCCCUGUCCGACCUGGCUAAUCCGCUUGAGGCACUAGCCUGCACCAUGGUGCCCCGCCCCCAAUGCGGAGACACUGGCUCUGCUUCUUCCUCUUCUGUCUCGCCCGUUGCUUCCCCUGAGUCCAACCAAUCAGAGGAGACCAACUCUGAGCCUGUAGUCGCCAUGGAUACAAGCCCCAGUCCAAACUCUGCAUAUCCAUUGAGCGCUUCUGACAGUGGGUCAGAAGAGGUGAUUGGCUUAGUGACCCAGGCCCACCAGGAGACCUUCAUGUACAACCAGGAGCAAGAUAACCCUUCCCCCCAGUCCCAAGCUGAACCCGAGCCGACCUCCUCGGGCGGAGAACAACGGGUGGCUGGAACUGGAAAGAGGAAAGAGGAGAGAAACCAGAACCAGCAGGAGUCCUGGAACCGCCAAAACCAGCAGAUUUUGAAUCAGAACCACCAGAAUGAUCUGGCAUCAUUCACAGCCACUCAGGCCCACGACCAAUCUCAGGAGGGACCUAACAACACUGGGCCUCGGGGCUCUGACAGACAACAGGAGGACUGCACCUUCAGCACUAACAGCCACUGCCCUUACAGUAGAGACAGACUGCCCAACUGCGCCCCUAGUGGCCGCUGCCCAGCCUACGGCAACCGUGACCUGAGAGAAGACGUCAGCACUAGCCAGCCCAACUCCUCCCAUGGAGGAUUCAGUGGACCACUGUGGAGUGGGGGCAACAGGAUGCAUCUGCUGUGUCCCAUGAACACCUCUCCCCAUGUAAACCCCCAUAAAUCAGGCCACGGGAUCUGGGAAGAGUUCAGCCAGAGUUUCACCCCGGCCGUGCGGGAGGUGGUAGAGUUUGCCAAGCGGAUCCCGGGCUUCAGAGACCUCUCUCAGCAUGACCAGGUCAGCCUUCUGAAGGCUGGCACCUUUGAGGUGCUGGUGGUGCGCUUUGCGUCACUGUUUGACGUGAAAGACCGCACAGUAACAUUCCUGGGCGGUAAUAAGUACAGCGUGGAGACUUUGCGAGCCAUGGGCGCUGGGGACUUCCUGACCUCUGUGAUGGACUUCAGUGAGAAGCUGAUGGGCCUCAACCUGAGUGAGGAGGAGAUGAGCCUGUUCACCGCUGUGGUACUUGUCUCUGCCGAUCGCUCGGGGAUCGAGAACGUCAACUCUGUGGAGACUCUUCAGGAGUCUCUGAUUAGACACCUGAGGGGCCUCAUCAUGAAGAACCACCCGAACCCCAACGAGUCAGCCACAUUCACCAAGCUGCUCCUCAGACUGCCCGACCUCCGCUCCCUCAAUAACAUGCACUCUGAGCAACUGCUGGCCUUCAAAGUCCACCCCUAGACCAGAACCGAGGUGUGAAACUGGUGUGUGUUCAUUUGGUACCAAAUGGGAGACAAUCUGGACCUGAAUCCUGUACUGUGGACCACAAAAGCCCCAUCUCCAUUCCCCCAACGCACCUUGACCAGCUACCCCCCAAAUUAAUUAUGGCCUCCAAGAGAUCCCUCUUCCAGCCCUAACUUCACAUGCUCUCUAGUGGGCAGAUGGUUAAAUGGAGGGAGAGCUGUAGGCUUUAGACUAAAAAGUGACAGUACUGUAAGGCUGAAAGGCCUGUUGUUGUAAUUGACCAUGAACGCACGUGUUCAACAACAAGCAGUAGACAUUGUUUGUCUCUGUGUGCACGUGUGUAGGACAUGCUUGACACUGUCAAAUUCUUUCGCGAAUAUUUCAUAAAUAUUAUGUAGAUGUGUAUUUUUGCAUUUGCUUAUGCAAUGUGGUAUGUGACUGAUUGUUUUAACGUUUUGUUCAGACAAAGUGGGAGUCGUUUUGUGGUUUAAGUCAAACGCUAUCUUCAAAAGAGGCUGUUUCUUAGACUAUUGUUGAGACCUAAGAGGCUGAUUCUUAAGUGGUGUUGGGCUAGUUGACUCAAAAUGUAUAAUGAAUGACUUCAGAGGAGCGAUAGGUCUACCCUUCAUCACUAAACGCUUAUAAAGAGGAAUGUGGUCAUUAUGUCUCAGUGUUGCCCUAGCUAGUCUCUUGAGGAAGAGCUUUGAAUGUCUUUAUUUGUUGUUAAGAGGGAUCUAUUUCUUUUUUUUUUU